AUGUCUGUGGUAAAGUCCAUCGAGUUAGUGCUGCCCAAGGACGCAGUGCACCUGGCCGGCUCCACCAUCAUCGGGCAAGUGAUCUUAACACUGAACAGCACGCUGGUGAACCCCACGGUGAAUGUGGAGCUCAUGGGGAGGGGUUACGUGGAGUGGAGCGAGGAAAUCGACCCAUCCCGUGAUUACAGCAGAGAUGUGACUUGCAGCAACAAGGCUGUCUACGUGCAUCAGAUGAAGACAUUCCGCGUGGACGACAAUUGGUUAAGGGCCGGUAGCCACACCUUUGACUUCCAUUUCGACUUGCCUCCUGAGCUCCCCUCCACCUUCACCAGCAAAAUUUGCCACAUCUUCUACUUCCUGCAAGCCUCCUGUGCGACCUGGGAGCGCAUCUUAGCCAAGAAGAGGGUGGAUGUAUUGAUUCAAGGGACUUCUUAUGUCCACCGAGAAAAUGCAGCCCAGAGUCCUGUGUUCGUGGAAGUGGAGAAACAGGUCUCCUACACCUGCUGCAGCCAGGGCAUAGUCUGCGUACAGGUACACAUGGAGAAGAACACAUUCGUGCCUGGAGAGAAGGUCACCUUCACCUGUGAAAUACACAAUGAGACUAGCAAGUGUCUCAAGAAGGUCAUCUUCUCCCUCUACACACACGUGGAGUACGAGGGCUUCACGCCCUUCGGCCAGCUCCGCCAGCACUUGGACAGCAGCGAGCUGUUACACCAAGAGGUCAACACGCGCAUGGCUGCCUUCGACACCACCAAGGUGGUCAGCACCUUGAUGCUGCCACUCCUGCUGUCCGUGAGCAGCAACCCACAGGACUCCAAGAUCAUGCGAACACGCUAUGAGCUGGUCAUCACCGUCCACCUCCCCUGGUCCCUGGCCAGCAUCCGGGCCAAGGUCCCCAUCAUCAUCGCUGGAGCCCCCAUGGAUGCAGCUGGCUGCCAGCUACCAGCUGAAGAAGGGGGCAGCAACGAACAAUCAGGAUCACUCACAUUAAGUCAUACUGGGAGUCCUCCUGGGGAGAUGCUCACCCAUCUACACUGUAUCCACAGACCCGAGCACGCUACAGCUGGUCAUCACCAGCCACCUGCCCUGGUCCCUGGCCAGCAUCGGGCCAAGGUCCCGUCAUCAUCGCCCGAGCCCCAUGGACACAGCUGGCUGCCAGCUGCAGAAGAGGCAGCAAUGGGGUCCGGAUCACCGCGUAAAUUAAAAGGUAAUUCUGCUUUUACCCGAAGUUCCUCGUCCCUGACGAGCCUUGGCGGCCCAGGUCACCCGGGGCACGGGAAGGGCCCAGAGUGUGCUCCGCCCACGGGCUCUCGGGGCCCAGGCCACGGGUCUCAAAUGGACGACUCAGUCCCCCUGGGGCACUCGCUGGAGCGCAGCUGGCGCAGGGUGCCUGCCAUGAUGAUGUCAGUCAAAGAAGGGGCUGCCGGGUUGACCGCGCCCUGCUCCAGGUGCCCGGCACAAGAGGAGGGUCCGCCAGCUGUCAAUCAAGCGCCCUGCGGCCAGCUGUCAAUCAAGCGCCCUGCGGCCAGCUGUCAAUCAAGCGCCCUGCGGCCAGCUUCGCUAAAAACGUCAAAAGGAGCUCACGGACAUAAACGGGACGGAUGGAACACUGACUCAUCGCCACCUGUCCUUCCAGACCUCCCAGGUCCUCGCCCCACCGACUUUUGCGCUUCUCGCGCGCCCCCUGCCGGCUGGCGACUCCGCCACCUCAAGCCGAUUGGAACUCCGAUUCCCAUCAUGCAGUUCGCAGCGGCUGCCCCUCUACCUUAUGGGGAAUGUAGUCUGCCACCCACGCCGUUCCCUCCGUGCGCCAUGGAGAGAUUGCCGGUGGCCUGUCGGAACUCUGAUCUCCGUCUCUCUUUCCCCCACGUGACCAGCCCAUGGCCUGACGGAGGUGCGGACCAUGGACCGCCACACCGCCGUGGACAGUGCCGCUCACGACGGCAAGCUGCAGCUGUUGCUGGGCUGCAACGCGCGCAUGGAGCGCGACGGCUACGGCAUGACCCCGCUGCUGGCCGCCAGCGUCACGGGCCACACCAGCAUCGUGGAGAACCUCAUCCAGGAGCAGCCCGGACGGCCGCGGGUGCCGGGCGGCUGCUCCCCCGACGGGCCCUACGAGAGCUGCUGCCCCACCAGCCGGGAGGCGGCUGCCUGUCCUGCUCGGAGAUGCUCUGUUCCUUCAAAGCCCAUCUGAACCCCCGGGAUCGGUCGGGCGCCACGCCCCUCAUCAUAGCAGCUCAGAUGUGUCACACAGAUCUGUGCCGCCUCCUCCUACAACAGGGGGCUGCUGCAAAUGACCAGGACCUGCAGGGCAGGACAGCCCUGAUGCUGGCCUGUGAGGGGGCCAGCCCCGAAACCGUGGAGGUGCUGCUGCAGGGCGGGGCCCAGCCAGGCAUCACAGACGCACUGGGCCAGGACGCAGCUCACUACGGAGCCCUAGCGGGGGACAAACUCAUCUUGCACCUCCUGCAGGAGCAGCCCAGCGCCCCUCACCUCCCAGCGGAGCUGGGAAUGGAGUCCUUCGACUCUAGUGCCUGA